AUGCAUUUUCCACGAACACCCGUCAAGGGCUUUAAGAAAGCCCCAAGAGGGAGCGGAGGACCCUCCUGCCGCCACGGCAGCUCCUCCAGGCUCCAAAUCCCAGGGAGAGGCCUGCGGAGGGAGGAGAACAUGUGGCACGCAGACAGCCGCUCACUUCGCCUUCUGGCGGAGGAGGAAGGCUUCAUUCAAACUCCGAGGCCGGCGCCGAGCAGAACCCAGGCCGCGGGCAAUUGUUCGGUGUUCAAGUACCUGCAGACGUGUGGUAUUCCAGUCCAUUCCCUAUGUCAUGAAGUCCCCGGGCCAUCUAUUUCCUUCCCUUUCUGUUUCAGAAUAGAGGAGCACAAGCAUCAGGCAGACCUGGUCAAGCAGGAAAACAAAAGAGAAGGUGAAAAAAUACAAAGGCUGAGCCAUUUGUACCAACUGGAAAUUCAGAGAGGAAAAGAAAAGGAACAGGAAGAGAAACGUGAACACCAGAGGCAGUAUCAUGAGCAUGCAGCCGAACAGGAAAAAAUUAAAAAUGAAGAGAAACAAAAAGAAGACAAAGAGGAUGAUCAAAUUAGGGCUUAUAUUAAAGAAAAAGAACUGAUGGCUGAUCUGAGAAGAGAGAAAGAUGCAGAGACCAGCAGGCUAAUUGAGGAGCAUCAGGACAGAGCUUGUAAAAAACUAACUGCACAGAUGAACAAGGCAUUGAGGAUGGAAGAUGAUCGUCUUGAUCGAGCAGCUGCAGAGGUUGAAGAUGAGUACCAAGUGAAAACCAAAGAGAAAGAAGCUAAAAAAAAGGCUGCCAUUGAAUCUAUUGCUGAACACAGAACCACUGAUGCAAAGAUGAAAUUGCAGAAGGAGAGAGAGGAAAAAGCAGAGGGUGAGAAGGACCGCAGUCAGUGGAUGACAGAUGAUCGUAUCUACCUGGAAAUGGAAAAAGCUAAGAAAGACAAACAGCAUGAUGCAAAUGUAGAAUUACAGAAGUUUCGAAUCCAGCAAAUGGCAGAGAAACAGGCAAAAAAACAGCAGGAAAAACAAGCGGACUUGGACUAUGAUGCUCAGAGAAAAGCCACUUUUCAUUAAGAGAAGAAAUUUCAGAGAUAAAGACAAUACAUCUGACAAGCAUAGAAGCACCUACAAAUGAAUAAGAAGCUAUAGCCACUCUGCAAAACCUGCCAGUGCCUAACAGCUGAAGCUGAUUGGAACACAUUACAAGACAUGCAACGUGCCAGAACCUGCCUAUAUUCAGCUUCAGCUCAAGAAACAAUUGCCUUAUCUACAGCCAUAGGUUUCAAUAAGCAAUUUUAACAGUGAUUACUUUUAUUAUGAAACACAGCAGUAGAUUCACUUCGAGGAGGUCAAGAGGUAAAAACCUAAACGUGUAUUUAAACCUGACAUCUGUGUUGUACUCCUUGGGUAUUACUGGGCUUCUAAGCUCAAGUAAAACCUUGUGUUGUGGCUUUAAAAAAAACCUGAGUAAUAAAAGUGAGUAAGCUGUUCAAAAAUA